UUGCUGCCAAUUAUUGAAGAAUUGCUUGCCGACGUAUUCAGCUUUCGGGAUCUCUGCCGCAAUUUUGAGCAGUGCGUCCGCAAACACCUUGUCGCCGAUCAGUCGGAUCCGCGGUGCGCUGCUGGAAGCUGGCUGAACGCCGUGAGUUUGCGCCCAUACCUGGAUGCGGCCCGCCACAACGGUGUGUCGAUUCUGAAGGUGAACGAAGAGAUUCUGCCGACUUCACAGAGGAAUGCGUUGCGUUUCGGACCACGGUGCGAGUGCAGUGGAAUGAGUUUAAGGUAACU